CACGGAGCAGGACGAGAUGCUGCCUCCCGGCCCCAGCUGCCACCUCCGCCACCGCCCCCUCCUCCUGCUCCUCCUCCUCCUGCUCCUGUUGCUGGUCCACGAGCCGCGCCCAGGGCAGGCCGUCGGGGCUGCAGGGACGCAGGGGAAUAGAGGCCGGGGCCGCCCAGGGGGCCAGGCCCGCCCUGCAGCUGCCUGCCGCCGCUGCUGCGCUGGGCGCGCUGCACGCCCGGGCUCGUGUCCUAGAGCUCCCUGUUCGCCUCGGCAGUGUCCCCCGGGGGAGCAGUGUGCAGUUCCUCACUUGUGCCCCUGUCGGCCCGGCUGUCGGCCGGUUCGGGUUCCCCGGGCCACAGCGGCCCCCGCCCCCAGCCCCGGGCCUGUCACCCGUAGAGAGGCGUCCCUCACCUGGCAGCCGCUGACGCUGCAGGAGGCCCGGGCACUGCUGCAGCGCCGCCGACCCCGAGGGCCCGGACACAGGGGCCUUCUGCGGCUAAGCCGCCAGCUGGAGAGAGCGGCCGCUGCUCCUGCCCGGGCCCCCGGGCGAGAGCUGAGGGACCCUGGCGUCCGGCCCUUCUCCCCAGGUGGCUCCGUGACAGCGGGUGUGGGGGAGGGAGGUAAGGUGCGGGGCGGGGGGAGGGAGAUUUUUGUCAGGGAAGAUCGAGAGAACUCGCAGUCCGAGUCCCGCUCCAACUCCCAAGGGGAAAGGCAGGCAGGAAAGAAAGCGGGUCCCGAGCCGGCCCGGCUGGCUAGGGAGCGAGGGGCGUCUGGCGGAACCCCAGUCCAGACAACAAAGGGGAUUGUGAAGCAGCGACGGUGGCGCCUGUGGAAGGCGCUAGCUGCUGUCUGGGCUUGGGCCCCUCGGGCGGGCGGCGAGGCAGCACAGUGCGCAGCUAUGGCGGGCGCCCGGCAGCCCCGGCGCCUAGUGCUCCUAGUGCUGUCGCUGCUGCCGCUGCUGCCCGGCCCGGCCGCCCGGCCCCGCGAGCGGCUCCGAGUGCUCUUCACCCCGGCUGUGUGCCGCCUGCGCUGCACCGGGAAUCGCUGCGUGCCCUACUGCGUGCGCGCCAACACCACGAGCGUGGAGAGCGGCGCCCCUGGCGGGGCACCGCCCGCGGGGCCAGGCUUCCGAGUCUGUGAGUGCCAGUCCGAGGACGGGGCCGGACGGGGACGGGAAGGGGCCAGGGCCCCACAGAGGGGGGCAGGGCCCCGGUUGGAGCAGGAAGCCCUGAGCAAAGGCGCGAAGGGGGCCAAUACCCUUUGCCGGGGCGGCGCUCCGGGAAAGGGCGGAUCCCUAGAGGGGCGGGGGCAACACGUGAAGGGCACAAGGGAGGUCUCCCCUUUAAAGGUCGUCCCCAACCUCCAGCAAAACCUUCGGAAAGGGACAAAAACUUCCCUGGAGAGGGUCGCAUCCCAAGGAGACACCAAAAUAGAACGCGUGGCGUCUCUGGUGAGCGUCCAUGUGGAACACCCUCAGGAGGCUUCAGUCAUCAUCCACCAAGUGGAGCGUGUGAGCGGCCCAGGGCCCAGCCUGGGCCCCGAGGAGUCGGGAGCUACGGGCCAAAGCCAGGCCCGAGCCUCGGGGGUGCCUUCGGACCGCGCCGCUUUGUACACGGUGCUGGCCCAGAGCAGCCCCCGGGGGGAGGAGGAGGAAGGUGGCGGGUACACCGACGCCUCGGGCUUCGGCUACUGCUUCCGCCAACUCCGCGAAGGCGAGUGUGCCUCCCCGCUGCCAGGGCUGCGAACUCAGGAGGUCUGCUGUCGAGGGGCUGGCUUGGCCUGGGGAGUUCACGACUGCCAGCCCUGCUCCGAGCACCUAAGCGCCGUAGGCCGGGUGGGCUCCUCGGAGGCAGCGUGCCCCACGGGCUUUGAAAGAAUCAACGGCUCCUGCGUCGACGUGGAUGAGUGCUCCGGUAGGCGCUGCCAACACGAAGUCGCAGCGAGACACUUGGCGGCUGCGUCGUGUGUCGAUGGCUACCUGCUGGAUUCUUCGCGGAGCAGCUGCAUCUCCCAGCAUGUGAUCUCAGAAGCAAAGGGCCCUUGCUUUCGGGUACUCAGGGCUGGAGGCUGUUCGCUGCCCAUCCUGCGCAAUAUCACCAAACAAAUCUGCUGCUGUAGUCGGGUGGGCAAGGCCUGGGGCCAUAGCUGCCAGCUGUGCCCACCUUUUGGCUCAGAGGGUUUCAGAGAGAUAUGUCCAGCUGGCCCUGGCUAUCAUUACUCGGCCUCUGACCUCAGAUACAACACUCGCCCCUUGGGCCCGGAACCACCCCGAGUACCCAUCAGUCAGCCCCGGGUGCCUGCACCUGCCAGCUCAGCACCCCCAGUCUGGGUUCCUACAGUUGUCUGGAGCUAUCCACCUACUUCCCACCCUGAGCCCAGACCCAGACCCCGGCCCCAGCCCCAGCCUAGGCCCGAGGAACCCCUGCCCACUGUCCCCAUUCAACCAAUCCCUGAAGUUCCUGAAAGAGGCCCAGUGGCAGGGGGCGUGUGUCAGCGGAAUCCCCAGAUCUGUGGUCCAGGGCGCUGUAUCCCCCCAGGGGUGGUUAACACGUGUUGGGACUCGGGCCUGGCCCAGCAACCCAUGGCCGCCUCUGGUGAGCCUGGGACCAAAGGGACAGAUGUAGAUGAGUGCCGCCAGAUACCCAGACCCUGUGCCCAUGGGCGCUGUGAGAAUUCAGCAGGCAGCUACCGCUGUAUCUGUGCCCCUGGUUUCUAUGCCAAUCCACAGGGCACUGAAUGUCAGGAUAUAGACGAAUGCGUCCAACAGCCCUGCACCAACGGGCGUUGUGAGAACACUCCCGGCAGCUACCUGUGCGUUUGUCCGGCUGGGUACAAGGCUGCUCCCCAUGGAGCUGGCUGCCAAGACAUCAACGAAUGUGCCCAGAGCCCGGGGCCCUGUGGUUGGGGCCACUGCGAAAAUCUGCCUGGCUCUUACCGCUGUUCCUGUCCGCCCGGCUUCCAAGGCCCCGAGUGUGAAGACAUAGAUGAGUGUGCCCGGGACCCCCAGCCCUGUGGGCCCGGCCGGUGCGACAACACAGCUGGAAGCUACCACUGUGCCUGCCCCGCCGGAUAUCGUUCCCAUGGGCCUGGAGCACCCUGUGUUGACGUGGAUGAGUGCCAGCGAAGUCCCUGCAGCUACGGGCGCUGCGAGAACGUGGACGGCUCCUACCUGUGUACCUGCCCCACGGGCUUCCGGCUCAACGCCGGGAGCCAGGCUUGUGAGGAUAUUGAUGAAUGUGAAAAUCACGUGGCUUGCCCAGGGCAGGAAUGUGUCAACUCCCCGGGGUCCUUCCAGUGCCGGGCGUGUCCCGCCGGCCACCGGCUGCUCCAGGGGCGCUGCGCUGACGUGGACGAGUGCAGCUCAGGUGCCCCCUGCGGACCCCACGGACACUGCACCAACACGGACGGUUCCUUCCAUUGCAGUUGCGAGCCUGGCUACCGGCUCCCACCGGGCGGGCGACCCGGUCCUUGUGCAGAUGUGAACGAGUGCCUGGAGGGAGACUUCUGCUUUCCCCACGGGGAGUGUCUCAACACCGACGGCUCCUUUGCUUGCACGUGUGCUCCGGGUUACCAGACCGGGCCCCGCGGAUCCUCCUGUAUCGACGUGGACGAGUGCCGAGACGAGAGCCUGUGUCAGGGAGGCCUCUGCACCAACACGGACGGCUCCUUUGAGUGCGCCUGUCCUCCGGGAUACCGGGCCAGUGCCGACCUCACUUCGUGCCUCGAUGUGGACGAAUGCCGCGAAGGAGGGUCGGCCCUGUGUGGGACUCAGCGCUGCGAGAACUCCCCAGGCUCCUAUCUCUGCGUCCGGGACUGUGACCCGGGUUACUUCGCAGGUCCCGAAGGCAACUGUGAUGAUGUGGACGAGUGCCGAGAAUACGGGCCUGUGCUGUGUGGGACCCAGCGCUGUGAGAACACCCCCGGCUCCUACCGCUGUGUGCCAGUCUGCGAGCCGGGCUACCAGCCCACGCCCAGCGGUGGCUGCCAGGAUGUGGAUGAAUGUCGGAACCGAACCUUCUGUGGGGCCCACGCCAUGUGUCAGAAUUUGCCGGGUUCUUUCCAAUGUCUCUGUGACCAGGGCUAUGAAGGAGCCAGGGAUGGGCGCCACUGUGUGGAUGUGAAUGAGUGUGAGACCCUCCAAGGUGUGUGUGGGGCCGCACUGUGUGAGAACGUGGAGGGCUCCUUCCUCUGCGUUUGCCCCACCAGCCCCGAUGAAUUCGACCCCAUGACUGGACGCUGUGUUCCGCCAAGACCCCCUGCCAGGUCGAGUCCUCAGUUGCCCUCGAAUCCUGGGCUCCCUGCCCGUCCACCACCUCCACCAGCUCCUCCUCGGAGGCCCACGGCACCGAGGCCGGGCCCUGGCCCCGAGGCUAGCAGCGGACGGAGGGAGUGUUACUAUGACACCGGGGCCCCCGACGCCUGUGACAACAUCUUGGCGAGGAACGUCACCUGGCGGGAAUGCUGCUGUACUGUGGGCGAGGGCUGGGGCAACGGCUGCCGCAUCCAGCAGUGUCCAGGCCCUGAGACAGCGGAAUACCAGUCUCUGUGCCCACAUGGCCGGGGUUACCUGUCCCCGCCGGGAGAGCCCAGCGUCCGCAGAGAUGUGGAUGAGUGCCAGCUGUUCGGGGACCAGGUGUGCAAGAGCGGGGUGUGUGUGAACACGGCCCCCGGCUACUCCUGCUACUGCAGCAACGGCUACUACUACCACACGCAGAGGCUGGAGUGCAUAGACAAUGACGAGUGUGCGGACGAGGAGGAGGCAUGUGAGGGCGGCCAGUGUGUCAACACCGUGGGCUCCUAUCACUGCACCUGUGUCCCUCCGCUGGUGCUGGAUGGCUCCCGGCGGCGCUGCGUGACCAACGACAGUCAGAGUCUGGACGACAACCUGGCCGUGUGCUGGCAGGAGGUGGGCCCGGACCUGGUAUGUAGUCGCCCUCGACUGGACCGCCAGGCCACCUACACCGAGUGCUGCUGCCUUUACGGGGAGGCUUGGAGCAUGGACUGUGCGCUCUGCCCAGCCCGGGACUCAGACGACUUUGAGGCUCUCUGCAACGUGCUUCGCCCACCGGCCUAUGGGCCAGCCCGCCCGGGAGGCUUUGGAAUCCCCUACGAAUACGGACCAGACUUUGGACCAGGCUAUGGAGGUCUCCCUUACGGACCAGAGCUGUACCCACCCCCACCCCCACCAGUCCCUGGGCUGGGCUAUGACCCUUACCCACCUCCUCCUGGUGCCCUGCCCUUCCCCGGCCCAGGUAGCCCCUAUGGCCCACCACCCUUCGAGGUGCCCGACUUUGACUCGGUGGCUGCUGGAGCCUACGGGGAGCCCGAGGGCCGCCCCCCUCUGGAUUCCACUGCCCGCUGGCGCUAUCGGCCCCGGGACACGGGGGGCUCUUUCCCAGAGCCCGAGGAGGAAGAGGAAGAGGAAGCCAGAGCCCCCUAUGCUGCCGGCCGCUAUGAGCCCUUCGAGGGGCUGCAGGCUGAAGAGUGUGGGAUUUUGGACGGCUGUAACAAUGGGCACUGCAUCCGGGUCCCCGAGGGCUACACCUGUGACUGUUUUGAGGGCUAUCGAUUGGAUAUGACCCGCAUGGCCUGCGUGGACAUCAAUGAGUGUGAGGAGGCAGAGGACCGGAACUCGCUGUGCGUCAAUGGCCGCUGCCUCAACUCCGAUGGCUCGUUCCGCUGUCUCUGCCGGGCUGGCUACAUGCCGUCACAUCAGCCUCACCGGUGUGUCCCUGCCCGCCCCCAAGCCUGAGCCAGGUCAGCCCCCUGCCACGGACUGGGCUGAGCCAGAGAAGGGAUCGCAGAAGGUCUCAGGACCCAGCCCCCGAGAGCCUGCUUCCAGCAGGGGCUGGACGUGGCUGACGCAGCCCCAGGCCAGCCCCAUCUACUGUAACUCCCCUCCCCACCACACUCUGCACACACGUGUCCCAUCCCCCACACAUGCUUUGCUCACAAUUCUGCUCAGAUGCACGGGACACAUGAAUGGAUGGAGAGAUGGGCAGAGGGACAGACAGAUACCACUCCGGACACACGCCCUCCACCUUGGCCCAGGGCCUACGGCGAUCCUGCUCCCCCUAAGGGAACACUGAGGCCCAGAGGCCUGGUCCUGGCUUAUUCCCUCCCCUCCCUUUCCCUGACAGCCCCCCUCAAUUUUUUUCAAUAAAUUUCCUUUUUCUA